AUGAGGGGGGAGAACAGCACCUCAGUGACCAAAUUCAUCCUCUUAGGUCUCUCCAGCAACCUGCAGGAGCAGCUCACCCUCUUUGGGGUCUUCACAGCCAUCUACCUGGUGGCCCUGAUGGGCAACAUGCUCAUCUUACCGCUGAUCAGCCUGGACUCCAGGCUCCACACACUCAUGUACUUCCUCCUGGGCAACUUCUCAGUGGUGGACAUUGGCUCUACCAGUUCCACCAUGCCCAAGAUGUUGGCCAAUUACCUGUCACAGGACAAGUCCAUCUCAUGGGCUUUCUGCCUCUGUCAGAUGUUCUUCUUCAUCUCCUUCAGGGGGAUCGAGUGCCUGCUGCUGGGGGUCAUGGCCUAUGACCGCUAUGUUGCCAUCUGUCACCAUCUGCACUACGGCACGUUCAUGAGCCGGCGGGCAUGCACCCUGCUGGCUGCAGCAGCCUGGGUCAUGGGCAUGACCAACUCGACUGUGCACUCAUCCCUGAUAUCCAUCCUGUCCUUCUGCUGGGGCAACGUCCUCCGCCACUUCUUCUGUGACAUCCUCCCACUCUUUCAGCUCUCCUGCUCCAAUACCUGGGCCAACCAGGCUAUCACCUUUGCCUUGAGUGGUGCCGUGAUCCUGGACUCCUUGCUGGGGACCCUGGUGUCCUACGUGUACAUUGUGCUGGCCGUCCUCAGGAUCCGCACAAGCGAAGGGCACCUCAAGGCCUUCUCCACCUGCACCUCCCACCUGGUCAUGGUCAGCCUCUACUUUGGCAUCGUUAUCUUCACCUACAUUCACCUCAACUCCACCUACCCACAGCAUCAGGACUGGGCACAGCCCAUGCUCUAUGGCAUCGUCACCCCCAUGCUCAACCCCAUUAUCUACACUGAGGAAGAAGGAGGUGAAAGGGGCACUCCGAAAAGCCCUGGCUAG